AUGCAUAAGAGGUGGAUAAGAAGUAUAUCUAGCUCAAAGAAGAAGACAAAGAAGAAGACAUGUAAUGAAUUUGAAGAAUUUUGGAAGAAUUCAUACACGCAAUAUAUCCAUGGAAUCCCAACGGUCUUCUACAAAUCUGAAUUGUCAAAAAAACAGAGACAUGAUAGGCUAGAUCCGGUACUUCUUUACGAUGACUCCACUUACAACCCAGCAACCAAAGUAAGGUUUGUGUGCACUUCUGACACACACAACCUAACUGAAAGAUUCACAAAGCCAGUGCCGUAUGGGGACGUGCUUUUACAUGCCGGAGAUUUCACUCAGGAAGGAGAAAUGUGUCAGGUUGAGCAAUUCUCAGAAUGGUUGGAGUCUCUCCCUCAUCGUAUUAAAAUUGUUAUUGCAGGUAAUCACGACUUAACACUUGAUGCAGGAAGAUUCCCACAGAAUCAUAUUAGAGAUGCUUUCAUAGGUCGCUUACAGCGGAGCUGUAUCUAUCUUGAAGACAGUACCGCGAUUAUCAACGGAAUCAAAAUAUAUGGCACUCCAUGGAUUCCUGAGUAUAACGGCAAGUGGGGCUUUGAGUUGAAAAGGGAAGACGAGUGUUCUGCAAAGUGGAGAGAGAUACCCUCUGAUACUGAUAUCUUACUGUCCCAUACCCCUCCUGUAGGACAUGGAGAUAGAUGUGCUGACAGUUCACGAGCUGGAUGUGUAAAUCUACUGCAACAGGUACAACUCCGGAUUAAGCCACAGUAUCAAGUCUUUGGGCAUGUCCAGGAAGACAGCGGAAUUACAACUGAUGGUCAAACAAUCUUCAUCAACGCUGCCAUGUGCAACGAAAAGAUGAAACCAGUUCUUGAUCCUGUCGUGUUUGAUAUGGACAAAAAGUCAGAGGAAAUGCUUCUGGUGUCUUCCACUUCUCAGUGGAAUGCACUAACAAAUGUCUAG